AUGAAAAAACUAACGUCAACAAUUAAUAUUGUUGUAUUUGGGUCUAGUGCUGUUGGAAAAACUGCAUUAAUUUACAGAUAUAUUAAUUCGAGUUUUAUAACCCAAUAUGAACCAUCAAUAGAUAAUUUGGAGCGUUGUACAAAAAUUAUUAAUGAUGUUAUUUGUACUGUAAAUAUCCAAGACACUUGUGGAAGUGACCGAUUUGAAACAUUAAGAGAAUUAUAUGUAAGAAGUAGUGAUGGAGCUUUGUUAGUUUGUAAUGGAAAUAAUCAAUAUACUCUAACUGAACUUCCAAAUUUUUAUGAAGUAAUAAGAGAAUUUAAAUCUGAAGAGGAAUAUGUUGUUGUGGUAGUUAUAAACAAAAUUGAUUUGGAUUUAAAAAUUGACAUUGAAGAAGUAAAUAAAUUUGCAGAGUCAAUCAAUGCUCCUUGCAUUCAAACAUCAGCAAAAACAAAUAAGAAUGUUGACAAAGCAUUUUCUAUUUUAUUACAAAGAAUAUUAGAAAAAAAUCCUCCUAAAACUCCAAGAAAAUGUUCAAUAUUAUAA